GUGCUGGACCUGAGAACUGGAGGGGCGUGCGCGCGCUCCCUCGCCCCUGUUGCGCGCGCGGUGUCACCUUGGGCGCGAGCGGGGCCGCGCGCGCACGGGACCGGGAGCAAAAGGCCACUGAGUGGCGAUGGCGGCGACAGCGAGUCCUGGGGCCGGCGGGGUGGACGGGAAACCCCGUACCUCCCCUAAGUCCGUCAAGUUCCUGUUUGGGGGCCUGGCCGGGAUGGGAGCUACAGUUUUUGUGCAGCCCCUGGACCUGGUGAAGAAUCGUAUGCAGCUGAGUGGCGAAGGGGCCAAGACUCGAGAAUACAAAACCAGCUUUCACGCCCUCACUAGCAUCCUGAAAACAGAAGGGCUGAAGGGCAUUUAUACCGGGUUGUCAGCUGGCCUCCUGCGCCAGGCCACCUACACCACUACUCGCCUUGGCAUCUAUACUGUGCUCUUUGAGCGCCUGACAGGAGCUGAUGGAACACCCCCUGGCUUUCUGCUGAAGGCUCUGAUUGGCAUGACAGCAGGUGCAACUGGUGCCUUUGUGGGAACACCAGCUGAGGUGGCUCUUAUUCGCAUGACUGCUGAUGGCCGGCUUCCAGCUGACCAACGCCGUGGCUACAAGAAUGUGUUUAAUGCUCUGGUUCGAAUCGCCCAAGAGGAGGGUGUCCCCACACUGUGGAGGGGCUGUAUCCCUACCAUGGCUCGGGCUGUCGUCGUCAAUGCUGCUCAGCUCGCUUCUUACUCCCAAUCCAAGCAGUUCUUACUGGACUCAGGCUACUUCUCUGAUAACAUCCUGUGCCACUUCUGUGCCAGCAUGAUUAGCGGCCUGGUCACCACGGCUGCCUCUAUGCCUGUGGACAUUGUCAAGACCCGAAUCCAGAACAUGCGAAUGAUAGAUGGCAAACCAGAAUACAAGAACGGGCUGGAUGUGCUGAUGAAGGUCGUCCGCUAUGAGGGCUUCUUCAGCCUGUGGAAGGGCUUUACACCAUACUAUGCCCGUCUGGGCCCCCACACCGUUCUCACCUUCAUCUUCCUGGAGCAGAUGAACAAGGCCUACAAGCGUCUCUUCCUCAGUGGCUGAGGCGGUUUCAGGGCACAUAGGACAGCAGAAGAUCCCCCACCCCUGCUCAGUGGGGAAACCAAGGCAGAGCUGAGGGGACAGGAGAGAACAGAAACUAUCCAGAUGGUGAGAGGGUCUUCAGUGGGAGGAUGUGGCCCUUCCUCCCUCCACCUCACUGAGGACAUAAUCAAUAAAUCGGAUGAUGAUACCACCCACAAAUCUGGAGAAUUGUGGAGGUGUGGAGGGGGCGGAGACUGAACAAAGAAGCGGAUACCCUUGAAGAACAGGAACUGGAGUUUUUAAGGAAAAUUAUUAAAGAAAAAGCAUCCACUGGUUUUAUGCAAAUCCUGUGUAAAUCAAUCUUGUUGCAGCAGCUGACAGAGUGAGGAAAAACAAGACUGAGCCCUGUUUGUUGCAUCCAACCACUUGCCAAGAACCAUGACAGAGGCACAAGUCAGUCAUGUCUCUUAAUCUCCAGGAAAAUCCUCUGGGUUCUGGUGACCACUUCUGCAACCUAAAGAGUCUGUGGGAGGGGAAAUCUGAUUGGGGGAUGGUGGACGCAGGACUUGAAAGAGUGAGCAUGGAUGGAGCCAGGAGGGUAUUGGCCAGACUUGACCUGGGUUCCAGGCUGGGCCAGAGAGUGACAGUUUUAUCUGCAUCUUCCUUUUUAAAUUUAUUUUUAUUUAUUUAUGCAUGCAUGCAUACU